AUGAGGCACCCAGCUGAUUCAAUGGCAUGGAAGUCAUUUGAUGAACUUCAUCCUUCAUUUGCAGUUGACCCUCGUAAUGUUCGACUUGGACUCGCUAGUGAUGGAUUUCAGCCUUUUCGAAAUUCAAAAACUUCACAUAGCAUUUGGCCUGUUGUUCUUAUUCCUUAUAAUUUACCACCUUGGUUGUGUAUGAAACAAGAAAAUUUCAUUCUGUCGAUGCUUAUUCCUGGUCCAAAUGGUCCUGGAGAUGCAAUUGAUACAUAUCUCCAGCCUUUAAUAGAGGAAUUGAAGGAGUUGUGGGAUGUUGGUAAUGAGACCUAUGAUGCAUCAACUAGAAAGAAUUUUAAGUUGCAUGCUUCUUUGUUAUGGACCAUCAAUGACUUUCCAGCUUAUGGAAACUUAUCUGGAUGGAGUACAAAAGGAAAACUGGCAUGUCCAUGUUGUAAUAAGAACACAGCUUCAAUUCGAUUGACUAAUUGUAAGAAGCAGUGUUUUAUAGGUCAUCGGCGUUACCUUCCUCUUAGUCAUAAAUGGAGAAAUGAGACAAAGUCAUUUGAUGGUACACAAGAGAAAAGUCCCCCACCGAAAAUGCGUUCUGGUAUUGAGAUACUCAAUCAAGUGCAAGAUCUUGAAGGACUACAGUUAUCAAAAGAUCCAAAGAAAAGGAAGAAGAUUUCACAUGAAAAUCGAAAUGAUAAUUGGAACAAGAAAAGUAUCUUUUUUCAACUUCCAUAUUGGAAGUGUCUCUUGUUGCGACACAAUUUGGAUGUUAUGCAUAUUGAAAAAAAAAUAUGUGAUAAUAUCAUGGGGACAAUAAUUAAUGUCAAAGGAAAGACCCAAGACACAAUUAAAACUCGGCUAGACUUGCAAGAAAUGAACAUUAGGUCGGAAUUGCACCCAAUUCAAAAUGGGGAGAAAUUUGAAGUUCCAACUGCAUGCUACACAUUGUCUCCUGAAGAUAAGCACAAAUUAUGCCUUUUCUUAAAGAAUCUAAAGGUUCCUGAUGGGUUUUCAUCUAAUAUUUCUCAAUGUGUGAACCUAAAAGAUCACAAGAUAUCUGGAUUGAAAAGUCAUGAUUGUCAUGUUCUUCUUCAACAUUUGCUCCCUCUUGCACUUUGUGGAAUGUUGUCUAAAGAAGUGUGUGAACCGCUGAUUGAAUUAUCUAUAUUUUUUAGUGUGCUUGGAUCAAAGGAGUUGAAAAUUGAUAACUUGGAACAUAUUGAAGCACAAAUUCCAAUAACACUUUGCAAGUUAGAAAAGCUCUUCCCUCCUUCAUUUUUUGAUGUGAUGGAGCACUUACCUGUUCAUUUAGCUAGUGAAGCUAAGAUUGCUGGACCGAUUCAUUAUCGGUGGAUGUAUUAUGUGGAACGAUGGUUAUAUUUUUUGAAAUCUCUCAUUGGUAAUAGGGCAUGUCCUGAAGGUUCUAUUGCAGAGGGCUAUAUUGCCAUUGAAUGUAUGACCUUAUGUUCGAGGUAUCUGCAUAGAAUUGACACAAAGUUCAAUAAGCCUGAACGAAAUUAUGAUGGGGGUUUAAAAAAAUGUGAUGGAGGCUUAUCUAUAUUUUGUCAAUCUGGAAAAACUCUGGGAGCUAAAACCCCAUAUGAGCUUGAAGCAGAUGAAUUAGAACAAGCACAUAUUUACAUACUAUAG